GUUUCUUCGUACCUGUACUGCAACAUGCUUAUCGACUAUCGGAGAGGAGAACGGUAUUUCGCCGAGACGCUGAUUGAUUGGGAUCUCUCGAACAACACGCAAGGCUGGAAGCCCAGCUACACGGUGUUCAAUCCCGUCUCGCAAGCCGAGAAGAAUGAUCCGGAUGGGGAGUAUAUCCGGAAGUGGGUCCCGGAGCUCAAAGAAGUAGAAGGAAAAGCUGUCUUCGCGCUGUACGCCCGGCUGAGCAAAGAAGAGUUCGAGAAGCUCGGGUAUCCGAAACUGCAUGUUGAUUGGAAGGAGACGAAGCAGCGGGCUAUCGAGAGGUUUAAG